CCGUCGUUGUUAAGAUCAAUCUCCAUCUAAAAAAAUUAGUUUUCUUUCGCUGGUUUUUCUUGAUGGUAGCGGGGAAAUUCGAGCUACAAUUUGGCGUGAAAAUUUGGAUUUGUGGCAACAACGCUUAAUAGUCAACAAAGUGUAUGACGUCUCAAAUUUUAAGGUACUCAAAUCUGAACAAAGAUAUUCAAGAAUUAUGCCUGGUAAAUACCAAAUCAAUUUUGACAAAUGGACCAAGUGUGACGCUGUUGGCGACAGUGAUCUGAUUCCAAAUUUCCUUGUGUUGAAUUGGCAGUUAAAAACUUUUAGUGAGAUUCAAACAAUGAAUCGUUACAGUAAAGAUGUUAUCAUCGUAGAAAACCAACAAUUGGUCAUUUGCAAUGAACUGGGAGGGAAGCGAACAAGAUACAGCUUAUUCUUGGCCAGCUAGGCAACUACAAAAAAGUUCUCGUCAAGGGCAAGACUAUCCUCAGGUUAAAGGGUAUCAAGAUGUGGGGUUUUGAAACUCCGCUUCAAGCUGAUGUUUAUCAAGACACUGUCAUUGAGGUGUUAACUUCUUCAGAUGACUGCUUGCCUUUAGCAUUCAAGGAAUGGCUGGAGGAAAUUUUUGAUAGUGAUGAUGAGAACGACCAAGAGAAAGACCUGCUGAAAGAGGUAGGCCUGAAGGAGAAAGACUUGAAGGAGAGAGACUUGAAGGAGAAAGACUUGAAGGAGAAAAACUUGAAGCAGAAAGACUUGAAGCAGAAAGACCUCGAAGGGAAGAAAGAUCAGCUUUCAGAUGAAGAUAAUUAACUGGAGAAAGAGUUAAUAAAAUGUGUUUUGUAUAACUCAAGUCCGUGACACUAGAAUAAAUCUCCAAUGAAA